AUGGACCGCGGAAUUCGACGUCGGGUUUGGUGGCACAUUGUCUGGCUCGAUGUGCAGUCGAGUAUCGCCACCGGGCUGAACCUCUGCUGUGGCCCCGAGACCCUCGAGGCCGUGAGAAUGGUGGACUUGGACGAUGAAGAAAGCGGCGAACUGCCUGGUGGGACUUCCCCAUCCAACAAAUCUAUGGCUGGUGGACAGUCAGUCGCGAUCAUAUACGCCAUCGGGCGCUUUCAGAUAGCCCGCUUACAAGCAAGGAUCGUCGCGCACCUGCAAAGUCCCCAGGGUCCGACCGAAGAGGGAUUUGGAAAGCUUGUCGCAGAUGCAAAGCUGCUUCUACAGAAGAUGAACUCGCUCAUCGCUCUUGUUUCGACGCAAGGAGUCCCGGAAAAGGGCUACAUCUCAUCCCGACUAGCCAAUGUAUCUCCAUUCACCCAUCCGUCAUUGUACAAGGACGAUGCCAGCCAGCCGACUGUCUUUGCAGCAUGGACACGCAUCAUGUUGACAUUGAUGAAGUUUGAACUCGUGAUCUUACUGCGGAAACCAUUUUUGGUGCCUCUUGACACUGCGAAUCCGCAAUCACGUAAAUCAUGGACUAGCAUCGUACAGCUCUGCGUGAACUAUUUAAGUAUAUACCUGCAGCUCCACCAAACACCUGCGUUCGCUCCAUACGCAUGGUUCUGCUGCAGUCAUUAUGGGCCUUCUCAAUGUGUGUUCAUCACGCUAAUGUACCUCCAUUCAUUCCCGGACGCGGGGGAGAUCUUCCUGGCCCGAUAUCUCGUCGACGAGGUUAUACAACACUACGCGACUCAUUACCAAAUUUCUGACCCCUCGUCAACUUCAUCAACGAAGAACAACUCGGAAGAACCCGCGUCCAAUGGAGGCAAAAUGCGGAUGCCUUUGGCCAUCCAGGUCCUGGUGGAACUUCACGAUCGCCUCGACUCUUCUGGUGGACCGUCCUCCGCCAAUCGCACCAACCACAAUUGCGAAACUCCGCCCAUUGUUACAGGACCCCCGCCAGUAGUGGCUGCGGGCAGCAAACCAGGGCUGCGGAAUAGCGUCUUUGAAGCUGAAAGUGAUUCUGGCCGAAAUACGGACUUCCUCACGACUCUCUCGGAUCUCGAGGCCUGGUCGUCGAUGAUUAUUCUGGAAUCUGACGAUAUUCUCGCCAAUCCUGAUAACCUGAUGACUGAUCACGCAAUCAUGCCAGGAUUGGGCGCUCAGAAACAAGGGCACCAGGCACCCAGAUAA